CCGAUCUCUCCAAUUUUCACCCAACCCAUUGCUGACCAGUGUGGAUGACGUGACCAGGGCUUAAGAGCUCACUUCAGACUCUGAUCUCCUUCACCUCGCUUGCUUUAUUUCUCUUCUCGCUCUUUGACCUUCUUCAUCCCUCAGUCACCAGACAACCUUUUUCUUCAACGCUCAACUCCUACUCAACCCUGCUCUCAUUCUAUUUGAUCAAAGUCAAUCCAAGUCGUCAAGAUGCCGAUGAACUGGACUCCUGAGGCUGAUGCCAAACUGUUCGUGAAGGUCCUCAACGUCUCCAACAUCAAGCUAAGCCAGGACGUGCUCGAUGCCAUCGCUUCUGAAAUGAGUCCGGACUGCACUGGCAGAGCCAUCAAGGAGCGAAUCUUCAAACUGAAGCAGAAGGCAGCCGGUCCCGGCAAUUCUACUGCUGCAUCGACCACCCCUAGAGCUCCCAGAACUCCGAAGACCCCGCGAUCUGCCAAAGGCCCCAAGAGCACUCCUGGUACCGGUCGGAAGCGUAAGGGUGCCAAUGUCGCCGGCCCGCUCGACGAUGCUGGAACUGAUGAUGACGAGGACAUCAAGACAUUCGUGACUCCCUCCAAGCAGAAGACAGAGUAUGCCGACGAGUACGGUUCCACCGGCAGCCAGGACGAAAACCAGGAGAGCCCCUCAAAGCGCAUCAAGCGCGAACCAUCGAACGAAUUCGAGAGCGAGAUGUGGGUCCCCGACAACGCUCACGAUGACUUCGUCCGAGGUCAGUCUGGCGACCUCUUCUAAGCGCCUCUCUCGACGGCUGAUUGGGAUACGCGGGGUCUGGAUAAGAUGAACAGAGUCUAGUGGAUCGUAUGGGAACUUUCUCGGAUGAUUCUACUUCGACAAACCCAACAUCGUCUUAGGAUCAUUUGGGACGUUCGUAACGGCUGUCGACUCUUUGGAUUUCAGGUUAGCGUUUAGGGGUUAUCGGUCUCUUCACUCCUCCACUGCUUUCUUCUUCCCCAUCACGAUUCAUGAUUCACAUCACAGUUCGGCAUUACCCGUAGCAUUGAGUAUGGGCAGUUUUUGUUCUGGAGAAUUUCAGGAUCACCUUUGGACGGACUUCUAUCAGCACGAGGCUGCGCCGCCCUUUCUACAUAGGUAAAAAGUCAAAAGUACUGCACC